AGUUUUAACGGUUGCAUGCUGGGUGGUCGCACAUCGCGUUCACGACGGCAAAGAGUUCUUAUGUCUGUGUAGAAGAAGAGGGCUUUCAUGAAAUUUUUAAAUUACCAACCGAAAACAGCUCCUUCUCGUUGCCACGUUUACUAACAUGGAGGUCUUCUCGGCCGAGGAUGUCAAGCGCUUGUUAUGGAAGAAACUCGUAGUGGUAAUAGGAGAUUCAAUUCAGCGUUGCAUUUACAAGGAUCUGGUCGCUUUGUUGACACCGGAAAAACAUGGAGGAUAUUUGUCAAGCAAAGAGCUCAAAACCAAGGGGGAGCCUGAGUUUCUGCAAGACAAACUUCUAGAAGGUGGACAGAUGGGUGAAAUGCGUAAUGGCAUCAACUAUCGAGAGGUCAGAAUCUUUGACAAUCAGUAUUCUGUAAUUAAAUUCUACUUUGUCACUCGCUGCUAUUCGGAAUACAUGGAGGAAGUGUUAGAGGAACUGAAGGCCAUUCAACCACAUGUGGUGAUUAUGAACUCUUGCCUGUGGGAUAUUCAUCGUUAUGGCCCAUACGGGUCUGCUGACUAUGCACAAAAUCUCCACAGACUGAUGGACGGAAUGAACAGUUCUCUGCCCUCAGAUGCCAUAUUUAUAUGGAAUUCAGCAUUGCCGCUGAGCUCCAAAUGCAAGGGGGGUUUCCUUCUUCCCCUUUAUGACACUAUUCCAUCUAUAGAGAUACUUGAGGCCAAUUUUGUGGCCCGUGAUAUCAUCCUUUCUAAUUGUCGAAUCUUUCUAGAUCUUCAUCUGUUUUUUAGCAACUAUCUCGAUUACAGGGCAGCUGAUGGCGUCCACUGGAACCAUGUUGCACAUCGAAUAAUCUCUAAUUUGAUUCUGUCGAAGAUCAAAUGGAGUAUCCUUGUUGCUCGGAAAAUGAUAAGGUCUGGUUCCAGUGGGAUGCUGACUUUACCCUCUAGGCUAACUUCUCUUCCCAGGCACAAUUCCUUUGGCUCGUACUCCGCACUUGAGGAUAGAUAUGAUGGCCCUUGCUUCACCUCGCCCGAGAUUGAUAACCGAUACUUCCCAGAUGAUGGCUUGGUUGAUUUUGAUACCUAUAGGAAGAGAUUUCAAUGCCUGAGCAGCAAAGUGCUGAGUCUAAACUCUACUGAAUCAAGUCCUGUGAUCACUAAAACUAGCACUCCUGUUGUUUCCAGCACCACGAAUAGGCUUGUAGGCUUAAAAGCGCCUGUUUAUCACAGCUCACCUAUAGAGUCGAAUACGAAUGCUACAUUCGUAAAGACCGUGCCUUUAGCAAAGGAAGAGAACUUUGAUGAUCUUCCUAUAUCCGCUGUCUUUGAAUCCUCAGUAGAUGCCAAGUCUAACAGUGAUCUUGUUUCGAUCAAAAUGGAGGAUAUCUCAUCAUAUGACAAAGACCUGGUGCACUCCAACGACACGUCCACGAAGGAAGAACAUCACAUUCAUGACCAGCAUUACAGUAAGUGGUAUGAAACGCAUCAGUCUGCUGAGCUUCAAAAGGAUGCAGAAAGAGUCAAAGAAAGCAUUAAGGUAGAGCUAUUAGAUGACGACCUCCGCAAUGAAAUCAAGCGAUGCAACAGUUUACGCAAGGAACUUGAACAAUGUGACCAGUUGCGCAUUACAGAAGAACAAUCUAUCGAUUUACGCAAGGAGAUUGAACAUUGUGACAAGCUGCUCACUGCAAAAGAACAGUCUAUCGAUUUACGCAAGGAGAUUGAGCGUUCAAGAAGCUUAAAGAGGGAAAGGGAAGAUGUAAAGCAAGAACAGGACAGCCCACUGAAAAAGCGACUGGGGAAUUGUUCUGUGACUCCUGUCAGCCAAGGUGUGUCUCCUAGGAGCAUCGUGAGCAACGUGGAUCGAUCAAGGAGUGUUAGGCUCGAGACCAGACAUGAACACUGCGACGAAAAUGGAACUUCGCACUCACAGAAGUGUAAGCAACAGGCUUCAAUAGAAGAUAGACGCUUAGCGCGGGACGGAAGAGGUGUGAAACGAAAGGCUGAUAAUAGUGAAGUCUACAAUGAGCCUAACUCUAGAGAGAGGAAGAAUGCGCGUGUGGACACGAACGAUAGGAAUUCUCAUUAUGAGAGGUCUGACUCUCACAGAGAUCAUAGAGGUGUGGACACGAACGAUAGGAAUUCUCAUUAUGAGAGGUCUGACUCUCACAGAGAUCAUAGAGGUGUGGUCACGAACGAUAGGUAUUCGUAUUACGGGAGGUCGGAUUAUCAGAGAGAUCACCGAGGUCUACGACGUUCGGAUAGCUACCCAAAGGCUCAAAAUAACAGAAAUAGCACCCAUGGGGGCAAAGGACGAUUUGCUUCAGCCAAGGCUAAAACAUCCGUCAAGCUUUCUUCAGUUGUCUCUAAGGUCUCCUCUGUGAUCAGCAACAUCCGAAGGCCAACCUCCAGGUCGCAUAGGGGAGGGAAAUCUGCGAAGGCCUGCGAUAAACUUGAUCGUCGUGAUAGACAAUACAGUAGUGGUACCAUAAAUGCACAGUAUAUGUAUUACGGCGGAUUUCGUUAUUAUUAGCGUUUAUGUGCUUCAUACAAACGAUAAGACACUUCGGCAGUUUCGGUGAAAUGACACGUGACUUCUGCAAUUCUUGACGGAAUGAUAGGAGACUUCUUUUGUGCUCGACGGAGGACCAAGUAACCUCUACUGUUCUUAGAGAAUGGCAUGCAACGAACGAGAAGUAGAUUUUUUUUAUUGACGGGAUUGAAGAACGUGAUAAUCAAAGUCGCUUGUUAUGUCAAGAAUCGCGGAAAUCACGACGGAAAUUUAAUUCUGAAUGAAAUAAUACAAGACUGAGUUAUAUGACUGAAAAUCUGGUCAACUGACUAUACCGAGUGCCUGAUUGUGCUGCAAAUGACUAUCAUACAAAAGCAGAUCGUACGUAACACAGUGAAUCCAUGCGUACUGUCAUCGAAUCCAGGCUUAAGUCAACUCAACUCGGUUGAUAACAAGGCCGAUCAAGCGAAAUCGAGCUCAGACCUUGCGGACCCUCUGGAAACAAGGUGAAUCCGAGUUUGUCUAGGAGCUCGGGAUGUUUUUAUUGUUGACAUUUUUUUAGCUGAUAACGUAACAUCUAGUGGUAUUUCAUUGGGAUGAUUGACUAGUUUGAUAAAUAUCACACAGCUGAGACAGGACUCAAACCUUCUGUACUUAUGGCAUAAGACAUGUUGCCACAAACAAAUUGAACGCGCGUUGAAGUGGCUAGAGUUUUUCCGUUUGAUUUAUUAUGUUGUUUUCUGUCCCAGCAGCAAAGAAAUGAUGAACUCUGAAAGUGUAUUAUGUAAGAGGCGACCAUUUAACUUUAGGGUGGUUUUCAGGAAUAUAUCUCCUGUAGCUUAUUUACAAAGGGGAAAAACACGAGUAUAAGGUUAAUGAAACAAAUGUAAAGUGCCACAAAAAAUAAUAAUGGGGAAAACUUCAUGCAUUUCUACCCCUCCCCCCUUUUUUACAUAUGCUAGCUAUGGGUAAAAGAAAAAAAAUACUCCAACCCUCCCACCCACGUCUUAAAAGUCAAGUGGUCCGCCUGUAGUGGAAAAGAUCUUCAGGUAUUCACUUUCUUAAAUCGUGUUUAGUUCUAAUGAGUUGUGUUUUUUAUAGAACAAGUUGGUGUCAGUUAACGCAUUUUAAAAAUAAAUAAAAUGAAUACUCUAAA